AAGAAGGGGUGCUUUGUGGAGAAAAUGGAAAAGACUCGUCCAGUGUGGGAUAAUCCGUUACAGUUUGUUUUUGCUUGCAUAUCCUAUGCUGUUGGUUUAGGAAAUGUUUGGAGAUUCCCGUAUCUGUGUCAAAUGUAUGGAGGUGGUGGGUUUUUGAUUCCUUACUUGAUAAUGUUAAUUUUGGAGGGAAUGCCUUUGUUAUAUUUAGAAUUAAAUGUGGGACAGCUUUUACGGCAAGGAAGUAUAGGGGCCUGGAAGUCGAUAAGUCCUUACCUCGGUGGUGUUGGAAUUGCCAGCAUGGUUGUGUCUUUUUUUCUUUGUAUUUAUUACAAUGUAAUAAAUGCUUGGGCCUUCUGGUACCUAUUUCAUUCAUUUCAGGAGCCCUUGCCAUGGUCUAACUGCCCAGUGAAUAGUAACUUAUCGGCUUAUAAUGAAGAAUGUGAAAGAAGCUCUCCUACUCAAUAUUUUUGGUAUAGAGAAACCAUGAAUAUAUCCCCAUCCAUAUUACAAAGUGGAGAAAUCCAGUGGGAACUAGCUGUCUGCUUGAUUUUGUCAUGGUUUGUUGUUUAUCUUUGUAUAUUAAGAGGUACUGAAUCAACUGGUAAGGUUGUGUAUGUUACAGCAUUGAUACCCUACCUUGUUCUGCUAAUAUACUUGGGGCGAGGCCUGACAUUGCAUGGAGCUGCCAAUGGGCUUGCAUUUAUGUUUACACCUAAGUUGGAGCAACUAGCAAAUCUUAAAACAUGGAUCAAUGCAGCAACACAAAUAUUUUUCUCGUUGGGUCUUGGAUUUGGAAGUCUCAUUGCAUUUGCCAGCUAUAAUGAGCCAAACAAUAACUGUGAAAGACAUGCCAUCAUUGUCUCCCUAAUAAACAGUGGGACAUCCAUAUUUGCAAGCAUUGUAACUUUCUCUAUAUAUGGGUUUAAAGCUACCUUUAAUUAUGAAAAUUGCAUGAGCAGAGAUAUACUUUUGUUAACCAACACUUUUGAUUUAGAAGAAGGAUCAGUAACUACAGAAAACCUUGGAGAUAUGAAAAACUACCUCAAUGCAACCUUCCACCAAGAAUAUUCCUCUAUCGUUCCACUACUUAAAAAUUGUAGCCUUGAAAAAGAGUUAAGCACGGCUGUUCAAGGGACUGGGCUUGCAUUUAUUGUCUAUACAGAAGCAAUCAAAAACAUGGAAGUUUCACAACUUUGGUCAGUGAUGUAUUUUCUGAUGUUACUUAUGUUGGGAUUAGGAAGCAUGUUGGGAAGUACUGCUGCAAUAAUUACUCCUCUGACAGACAGCAAGUUUAUUUCCAAGCAUUUACCUAAGGAAGCUGUUUCAGGAUUACUUUGUUUUACUUGUUGCAUUAUUGGACUCGUUUUCACUUUGGAAUCUGGGAGUUAUUGGUUUGAUAUAUUUAAUGACUAUUCAGUCACACUUUCACUACUUCUCAUUGUUUUCGCGGAAAUCAUUGGCGUUUGUUAUGUUUAUGGACUGAGCAGAUUUGAAAAUGAUAUUGAAAUGAUGACUGGACAUAAACUAAGUUGGUACUGGAAAAUCAUGUGGGGAUUCACAAGUCCUUUGCUCAUUAUAAGCUUAUUUAUAUUUUACUUAACUGACUACAUCAUGGCAGGAACCCUGCAAUAUAAAGCAUGGGAUGCAACACUGGGGCAGCUGGUUACCAAAGAUUAUCCACCUUAUGCAUUGGCAGUAAUUGGACUUCUUCUUGUUGCACCUGUUUGUUGCAUUACAGUGGUAGCAAUAGUGAACAUUGUUACUAGAAUUAAAAGAAAUGAAAACUGCAAUGUGAUACAAACAUAAAGCAAUCUAUUUUUCUGAAAUUAUUUCAACAGACUAAACUUAAACAAUUAAAUGCCAUAACAGGCAACUAAUCUUUUA